AUGGUUUAUAACUACUCAUAUUUAUACAUUGCAAUGAGUGCUAGAGUUUUUGCUAAAGUGAAUAUGCCUCUCUCGGCCGUCAGCCUUCUUUUGAACAUCUUUUUUAUCUACUGCAUGGUCUUUCCACAACAAGGAGCAGAGCAGCUGAAAAGAACUCUCAAGGUUUUACUGGGAUCACUUAUUGCCUGCAACAUUACUAUUCAUUCUUCCAGCAUCCUCACUGUUCUAUGUGAGUUUGUCUUAUAUAAUGUGAUAAACAACUGGUACAUAUGGUAUCUUAUGUUUGAUGUGAUUUUGGCCGUUAUGAUGUAUACCAUGAUGACCAUCGUUACUUCCUGCCACUGGAAGAACAUGUUUUACUUCUGCCAGAUUGUUCGUCUUCAGCAUUCUGUCUUCAUCUGGUUUAAGAGGAACAUACGAGCCAUCAUAAACUGUGCUUUGAUCUUAAAUGCAAUCUUAUUUUUGUUUGGAAUUAUUGUAGAAUUAGCUUAUGCAGUUGUACGAUUCAAUUAUCAGCAAUUACAUAAUGCCUCAGAUGAUGUAGCAGAGGCGCUGUGGAAUUCCGUACUAAUAAACCGGAAGAUAAGAUUAGUGGACUUCUGGACUAGAUUGGGCUGUUUUUUUCUCAGUCUUUGUGUGAUGUUGGCCUCAAGCUAUGCGACUGUUCUCUACCUGUGGAGACACAUAAAGAAUGUGGAGGAGAGCGGUCUCGUCUCUCCCCGACUCCAGAGACAGAUAAAGAUGACUAUCACAGGCAUCACAGUACAGGCACUCCUUCACUUCCUCUGCUCAGAUGGGAUUAUAUUAAUUCAGAUUAUACCGAAAUACUAUGAUGUGGAUUUGGAUUGGAAUGGAUACAUCAUCUGCACUAUCAUCUCUGUGUACUCUUUUGGGACAAGCAUUAACAUGAUGGUUAGUCAGUCGCUGUUCCGGCAGAGAGCAGUUUGUAUUUGGCAAAAACUUCUCCAGACUGUCAACUUCUCAUCCCUGAAUAAUUAA